UCUAUUUCUCAGUCAUCUUAAGAUCUUUUUCUCUUCGAAUCUCUGAAGAAAUAAAAAUAAAAAGAAAACCAAAAAUGUUGCUUACAUUAUUAAAAUCUCUCCUCGUGAUAUUCAUGACCUCGAUACUGAGAGUUCUAUACGACACCAUAUCAUGCUACUGGCUAACACCUAGGCGAAUCAAGAAGAUCAUGGCAGGGCAAGGGGUAACCGGUCCUAAACCACGUCCACUAACCGGAAACAUCCUUGAAAUCUCGGCUAUGGUGUCGCAAUCCGUUUCUAAAGAUUGUGAUUCUGUUCACCAUGACAUCGUAGGCCGCCUUCUUCCGCAUUACGUCACCUGGUCCAAACAAUACGGGAAAAGAUUUAUAGUGUGGAACGGGACGGAUCCUCGGCUUUGCUUAACGGAAACAGAAUUGAUAAAAGAGUUGCUGAUGAAGCAUAACGGUGUAAGCGGAAGAUCGUGGCUACAGCAACAAGGGACCAAAAGUUUUAUUGGUCGUGGUCUCCUUAUGGCUAAUGGCCAAGAUUGGCACCACCAACGCCACCUUGCUGCGCCGGCAUUUAACGGGGAAAGGCUCAAGGGCUACGCAAGGCACAUGGUUGAGUGUACGACUAGGCUAGUGGAGAGGCUGAGGAAAGAAGUUGGGAAAGGAGGAGGUGAGGUGGAGAUAGGGGAGGAGAUGCACCAGCUCACGGCGGAUAUUAUAUCGAGGACGGAGUUCGGAAGUAGCUUUGAGAAAGGCAAAGAGCUUUUCAACCACCUCACCGUCCUCCAACGCCGUUGCGCUCAAGCCACCCGCCACCUCUGUUUUCCCGGUAGCCGGUUUCUUCCGAGCAAAUACAACAGAGAAAUAAAGUCUCUGAAAAAGGAAGUGGAACGUUUGUUGAUAGAGAUCAUACAAAGCAGGCGAGACUGCGCUGAGAUGGGUCGGAGCAGUACUCACGGCGAUGACCUUCUUGGCCUUCUCUUGAACGAAAUGGAUAGUCACAAGAACAAAAAUAACGAUAACAAUAAUCUUCAGUUGAUAAUGGAUGAAUGCAAGACGUUCUUCUUUGCUGGUCACGAAACUACCGCACUCCUUCUCACAUGGACAAUGAUGCUCCUUGCCGAUAACCCCACGUGGCAGGAAAAGGUUCGUGAUGAGAUUAGAGAGGUAUGUGGCUGCGACGGUCUUCCCUCGGUUGAUCAACUAUCCAAACUUACCUCGUUAAACAAAGUGAUAAACGAGUCAUUAAGACUUUACCCUCCAGCUACUCUUCUACCAAGGAUGGCAUUUGAAGAUAUAAAACUAGGUGAUCUAAUAAUUCCCAAAGGUUUAUCAAUAUGGAUACCCGUCCUCGCAAUCCAUCACAGCGAAGAAUUAUGGGGUAAAGACGCAAAUGAAUUCAACCCUGAACGCUUUGGAGGCAAACCAUUUGCGCCUGGCCGCCACUUCAUCCCAUUUGCAGCUGGUCCUCGAAACUGCAUCGGACAAUCAUUUGCGAUGAUGGAAGCAAAAAUAAUAUUAGCAACGCUAAUUUCAAAGUUUAACUUCGCAAUAUCAAAGAACUAUAGACAUGCGCCAAUAGUUGUGCUUACUAUAAAACCUAAGUAUGGAGUUCAAGUGAUAUUGAAGCCAUUUGACUCAUGAAGCUUUAAGAUUAAAAGAGUCAUUUGAAAUGCUUUGAUCAUACACUUGGGAAAAUAUUUUGGGGGUUGUUAACUUUUGAGUAACAUGAGGGAUUUUGAUUUGAAUAAAUAUCGUACGAGUAUGAGAGAAAACUAUGUUAAAGCUUUAGCAAAAAAAAAAUUAUGUUAAUCUUUUCCUCAAA